AUGACGACGGCCAGCCUCCACCGCCGCUCGCCCAGUUCUCCGGCGGCUAGUCCGCUGGACGACGACGACCUCCUCCGCGAGAUCCUCCUACGCCUUCCGCCUCAGCCGUCGUCCCUCCCCCGCGCCUCCGCCGUCUGCAAGCGCUGGCUACGCCUCGCCGCCGACCCGGGCUUCUUCCGCCGCUUCCGCCGCCACCACAACCGCAACCCGCCACUCCUCGGUUUCUUCAACGGAUCCAACGCUCUAACCUUCGUACCUACUCUCAAGUCCCCCAACAGUGUUGAUCCCGGGCGCUUCUCCCUGCCGUCCGGCCUCGACGACUGCUUCCAUUGCUUUGGAUGCCGCCAUGGCCUCGUACUCAUCUUCCUUCGGACGCGCGUCCAGGUCCUGGUGUGGGAUCCCGUCACCGGCGACCAGCACUGCUUCGCCAUUCCCCCGGGAAUUGCAAGAUAUGCAGGGCGUACCCUGAUCAAUGGAGCGGUGCUUCGUGCAGCCGGAGACGUCCAACACUUCAAGGUGGUGUUGGCAAUGACAGAUGGUGACCAACAACAUACACGAGUGCUCGCCUGCGUUUACUCGUCGCGGACCGGCUCCUGGGGAAAUCUGGUCUCAGUACCGCUGCUAUACAAGGCUAAUGGGUGCUUAUAUCCCACCCUCAUUGAUAUGAAUGAUGCUGUUCUGGCUGGAGAUUCCCUUUACUGGGUGCUUGUCGGUAAUUCGUAUAGAAUUCUCGAAUUUGAUUUGGUGAAACAGAGCCUAGAUGUGAUACAGGUGCCAGCUGAUAUGUGUGGCGAUGCCAACCAUGUCAGGAUUAUGCGGGCUGAGGGCGGUGGGCUGGGUGUCCUCUUAGUGUCAUCCUCAUACUACACUCUGCAGCUAUGGAAGAGAAACACUGAUUGUGAUGGUGUUACUUCAUGGGGGCUUGGAAAAACUAUUGCACUGGACAAGUUACUUUCUCUGAAAUCAGAGGAGAAAGUGCCCCUAGGGCUACGGGUACUAGGGUAUGGUGAAGACAAUAAUGUGUUGUUUGCGUGGACAGUUAUUGGUGUCUUCAUGAUUCAUCUCAAGUCAAUGAAGUUUGAGAAACUUUUCGAAGCCAAAACAAUUAGCUUUUCUCGCUUUUAUCCAUUCGAAAGCGUCUACUCUGCAGCUGAUACUGGUUACAGUAUAAAUGUGUUGGUGGUGGACAUGGCGGAGCUGAGACUUUGCGCAAUACGUAAGAUGACUAUCCGGUUGGAUAUGCUAGUUGAUCUACUGAUUGAGCAGGUUUCUAGCCAGAGUUACAUUCUGGUGGCUUAG